GCUAGACUAAUGCUGUGACAUGCCUGGUUUCUACUCAGUCAGUAAACAACUUCAGGGGCGCGGAGAUCGAGAGAGCCAUUCAAGCCAAAAGAAGCACAACCAACAGUCACUUUUGCUGCUGGAGAUUAGAUUUGGAGGGAUCACAAUUCACAAUCUUCCAAAUCCAACAACGGCAAGGACAUUCUUGCAAGAAAGAAGAGAUCAGAUCUGAAUCCAACUUUGACCAUGGGCCACCAACCAGGAGCCGUCGCCAAGAGGGGAUCCAACUCGGGAUGCUCUGCCAUCCAAUCUGGAACCCUCGCCUACAUGUCCCUAUAUCCCAAGGAUUCCACAGAUGGAGUCCUUCGCCUUGGCAACAUUGUACCUGACUUUGAGGCCGACACAACCAAAGGACACAUGAGGUUCCACAAGUGGAAACAGGGCAAAUGGGCCAUUCUGUUCUCUCAUCCGGCUGACUUCACUCCAGUUUGUACCACCGAGAUUGCCAGUUUGGCGACCAAGUAUGCCGAGCUGGUCGAUAUGGACUGCAAGGUGGCGACCCUCUCGGUAGACCCUGUCACGGCACAUGAUGAAUGGCUCAAGGACGUCAUUGCCCAACAUACGGACGGCAAGAUCUCCAUUGACUUUCCCAUUAUCGCUGAUCCCAACAGAGAUAUCAGUACCGCCUACGGUAUGAUUGACCCGUGGAGCUCGGACCGACAAGACCUGCCCUUGACGAUUCGUUGCGUCUUCAUUAUCAACCCUGAAAACAAGCUCAUGCUCAGUCUCAACUACCCCGCCUGUGUGGGUCGCAACAUGACCGAGAUUGUUCGAUGUGUCAAGGCGUUGCAGCUGAGUUAUCAAAAGUCUGUUGCGACUCCCGCCAACUGGCCUGACAACCACUCCGAAGUGGUCAUGCCGGAUGGCACAACCUCCAAGGAGUACAAGGGCUCUGUGUUUCUGCUUCCCACUGUUACGGACAAAGAAGCCGACAAGUACUAUCCUGGAUAUUACACAAGCCCCGUGCCUUCGGAGAUUCCAUAUCUGCGUCUUGUCAAACCAGAACAGGUCGGCUUGGCGCCCACCAACAAGAAGGGCGUGGAAACCAAGUCGGGCAAAGAAAAGCACUAUGGGGCCUUUUCGUGGUUUUCCAAGAAGAAUACAAGCAAGCACCGAAUGAAGGUGAAUGCCGUGAAAGCGGCAGCAUAAGUUUGUGGGUACAGCUUGUUCAUAGUGAAUCUUAGGAUAGGAUAUGCAUCAAAGGCAUAACAGUAUAUACGGUAAGCUACUUCAUUUGUUCUCAAAUCAGAUGUCAGUAUACCUAGCUAUCACAUAAGACAGCAACGGAGCAGCGCUUUGGCGAGUAGGAUUGUUGUCUCAACACACAC